AUGGCCGCAGCUUUCCCCCUGCGGGAGGCCGGGGACGGGAGAGGCUCGGUUAGGCCGCGACACCGGGACGGGUUGACGGGACCGGCGCUUCACGCCCCGCUGAGGGACGGCGGCGGCGGGGCCGCGCAGCCGCCGCGCAGCGACCCACCUGUCGCAACAGCCGCACGGCACGCCUGGGCGGGAAGCUCGAGUGAUGUAGCAAGGCCCGACAGCGAGUCUUUUGCUGACGUUGACUUGUCUUGCUCCGGACACGAGCGGCGUGGCAGGACGCAUGCAGGAGAAAGCACUCAGAAACUGAAACUACAGAAACAAAGACAUUCUGUGUGGAUAUUCCUGAAACAAAGAUCAAAGUAUUUUAGAACAUGUUCAACAGGAGAACACUUCACUAUAGAGUUUGAGAACCUGGUGGAAAGUGAUGAGGGGGAAAGCCCAGGAAGCAGUCACAGACCUCUGACUGAAGAAGAAAUUGCUGACUUGAAAGACAGACAUUAUGACUCCAUUGCUGAAAAGCAGAGAGUUGUUGAUAUGAAGCUUCAGUCAGAGUUAGCCUUACAAGAGGAGAAGUUAAGAAUAGAAGAGGAGGCUUUAUAUGCUGCACAACGUGAAGCAGCCAGGGCAGCAAAGCAGAAAAAGCUCUUGGAGCAACGUAGACAGCAAAGAAUAACACAGAGAGCACAUGCUGUUAAUAAUGGAGAAUAUCAGAGCUCUGUGGCAGAGGAAGAUCUUGAUUCUUUCUUAAGAAAUACAAAAUUCCAGUAUGAAGCUUUUCGAAGUAGUAGACUUUCAUCUGAUGCUACAGUGCUGACUCCCAACACAGAGAGCAGUUGUGACUUAAUGACCAAAACAAAAUCGACGAGUGGAAAUGAUGACAGCACUUCACUAGAUUUAGAGUGGGAAGAUGAAGAAGGCAUGAACAGAAUGAUUCCAAUGAGAGAACGCUCCAAAACAGAAGAAGAUAUACUCCGAGCGGCGCUGAAAUUUAAUAGCAAGAAGACGGGAAGUAAUCCACCUUCAGCCUCUGAUGAUUCUAAUGGAUUGGAGUGGGAGAAUGACUUUGUUAGCGCUGAAAUGGAUGAUAAUGGCAAUUCAGAAUAUGCCGGAUUUGUAAACCCUGUAUUAGAUUUGUCUGCAUCAGAUGUAAGGAUCUCUGAUUCUGACCGCCAAGACAGGUAGUGAAACUGCGUGGCCCUCGCUCAUGACCAAAUGUUGGAAAGUGAAAUAGAAUGUAUGAACGCAAUUUGCUCUUUUAUAAUGUGGUUCCCUUUUUCUUAUAAAUUGAUCAGCAAGGAAUGGGAAUGACUUGCUAUCUGAAUUAAUUCAGAAUUAAGUGCAAUUUUAUCAU